AUGUUGUACAACCUAAUGAUUCUCGGCAUGUCAUGGAUCUUGACUGAGAUGGUUCAUAGUGGAAAGGAACAUGAGUCUAAUGCUCAAACCGUUAGCAUAGUAAGGAUUUGGAAAUAUUCGAUUUUCCUAUGCCUAAACUAUGUUUUAAACGGUUUGUGUGACUCGUUGUGGGAAUCUUUGGACCUGAAGUAUAAAAGUGAUGACGCUAAGGAAAAAAUGUUUGUCAUCAACCGAUUACUUGAAUACAAGAUGGUGGAUUCAGGGAUUGUCCUAAGUCAAGUUGACGAAGGAACGAUCGUGAGUGAAGCCUUUCAAGUGGAACCUAGUAUCCAUUUGUUGCCUUUGGGCAGAAAGGACUUCAAGAAGCAAUUCUAUGGAAUAUGCUUCAAUUGUGGCAUUAUGGGCCACAAGUGGACUGAUUGUAAAGCACUUAAGAGGAUGAAUGAUUAUUCGGAAUCUAAUGUGGUGUGGGUCAAUCAGAAUGAGUCUGAAAUCAUCCUUUCGGCAAUGGUGACCGAGGUAAACCUGGUUGGUUCGAACCAAACGGAAUGGUUCAUUGAUAAGGGUGCGACCCGAUAUAUGUGUUUCAACCGUGAGUUGUUUACUACCUUCGAGACGACUAAUAGUGGGAAUGUAUGUAUGGAAAACUCUGCUCAGUCUACUGUGGAAGGCAUGGGCAAAGUGGUUCUCAAGAUGACCUCUGGAAAGAGCUGA